ACUUUACUACUGAUGCUUUUUAUUCCACUACAUUUAUGUGACAGCUGUACUGCACCUAUCCUGAUUCAAUGGGUGAUGCAAGAGGAAAUGACUUGAGGAAAAUAAGUAUUAUCAAUAAAGUAAAUAAAAAACAGUAAAUUAAAUAAAUAAAUAAAAAGUCAGAUCCCUACACGUUAAUGCAAAAGUAAUACUCAUCCAACAUUAUGUACAAAUACAUACUUUUAUACAUUUUGCUGAUAAUCUACGAUUUCAUUUUAGUAUUGUUUGGAUUAUUUAUUUAUUUAUUCAUGGUGGCGUGACUGAUCUAACCCUUGAUGGUGUAACUUCAGCACACAUGUUAAAUUACGUCCCCGUGAGGUUUAGUAGGGUGUGGUUUUCACUCGGUCGAUCAAUCAAGCAAGAAAAACUUCUCAGGUCAAAUCCUUGUCAAAUGUGGCCUGUAAGAUCCACCUCUGUAUGAACACUGAGCAUAACUAGUUUAGUGGGUUCCACGAACGAAGAAGUGUCUCAAUGUUGUCUGAUGUGAUAAUGCAUAUAGUGUCUGAAUCAGCACCUAAUAUGCUAACAUUCAUUUACCAAUUAAUUGCAUAUAUGUCAUAUAUGGUAAAUUUAUUAGAUUUACUCUUGAAAUCUUGAAAAUAAGAACAAAAAAUUAAAAAAGUGUUGUGACGUCCUAGUUUAUCGCCGCGGUGUAGGGUUUCCCAGUGUUUCAAUGAGCGCCCUAUAAAGGGUUAAGUGAAACGCCAGAGCAGCUCUGCCCUCCUGCUCGUCUCGGUUAAGUGCGUUUCCACUGAGUUUCCAUUGAGGCGGUCGGUGUCUGACGAUCUGCGUGUUGCCGGAGUUCAGCCUGCGGAGGGCAUGCAGUCCAAUGACCAGAUCCCCUGAUAAGCAGACGAGGAAGAGCCUAUGAAGAGCCUCGCUCGCAGUGCGGCACUCGUCAGGCGGUCGGAGUCGGUGCUGAACGCGGAGGGAGGAGAGAGGAGGUAGGGAAGGAGGGACCACUAUGUGAUGGUUGUUCCAAAGAGCCAGGAAGCGGGCUAGUUGCUAGCCGUCCUCCGAGCUGCUGCUGCUACCACUGCUGCUACUUUCUUCUUCUUCUCGCCGGGUAAAGCAGCCACCUCUGAGCAGGUGUCUGGGCUGACCAGAACUGCACUUUUGCUCAGAGUCUCAGCUGUUCGGCCGUAAAUGUGACAGACCACAACAACAACGCAUCCAGCCUCAACAUGGGUCAGGACAGGGGGAAGUAUGACUUCUACAUCGGCCUGGGACUGGCCAUCAGCUCCAGCAUCUUCAUCGGGGGCAGCUUCAUCCUCAAGAAGAAGGGACUCCUUCGGCUGGCUAAGAAGGGAUCGAUGCGGGCGGGCCAGGGUGGUCAUGCGUAUCUAAAAGAAUGGCUAUGGUGGGCUGGUCUACUGUCAAUGGGGGCUGGGGAAGCAGCCAACUUUGCAGCAUAUGCCUUCGCUCCCGCGACACUGGUCACACCGCUGGGAGCCCUCAGCGUGCUCGUCAGUGCGGUGCUGUCGUCGUACUUCCUGACGGAGCGGUUAAACCUGCACGGGAAGCUCGGCUGCCUGCUCAGCAUCCUGGGCUCCACCACCAUGGUCAUUCAUGCGCCGCAGGAGGAAGAGAUCAGUAGCCUCGAGCACAUGGCCAAAAAGCUGGUUGACCCAGGGUUUUUUGUCUUUGCCACUCUCGUCAUCAUCACGGCUCUCAUCUUCAUUUUUGUCGUGGGUCCCCGCCACGGUCAGACCAAUAUCCUCGUCUACAUCACCAUCUGCUCAGUAAUCGGGGCGCUAUCGGUGUCCUGCGUCAAAGGACUGGGCAUCACCAUCAAAGAAGCAAUCGCCGGAAAGAACGUAGCAAAAAACCCGCUUGCUUGGAUCUUACUUUUGGGCCUGGUGGCUUGCGUGAGCACACAGAUCAACUACCUGAACAAGGCUCUGGACAUAUUCAACACCUCGCUGGUGACUCCCAUCUACUACGUGUUCUUUACCACGUCUGUGCUCACAUGCUCCGCCAUCCUCUUCAAAGAGUGGGAGCACAUGGGCACGGACGACGUGAUCGGUACGCUCAGCGGCUUCCUCACAAUCAUCGUGGGCAUCUUCCUGCUCCACGCCUUCAAAGACCUUAGCGUUAGCUUGGCCACUCUGGCCGUGUCCAUACGGAAGGAGGAGCGGGCGUCGCCGUCGGCCAACGGCGUGGCUCCUCACAGCAAUUACGAGCUGCUACACAACGAGACCACGGAGGACAUGGAGGACAGAGAAAUGGGUUUGCCUUUUGAUAGCAUCUCCAGAAGAAAUGGAGCGAUGACUUCCUCUUUGGAUCAUUAAGGAACGUUUUUUUUUCAGCCGUGGGGUGUAUGAAAUAUGAAAAUAAGACAAUCAGUUGUGUGGGGAGAGUGGCUUGGACAGACCAGUGGAUUGUAUUUAAUGUUUAAUUUGCCUUACUUUAUCAGAAUAUGACUUGGUCAUAUUCAGUUACAGUUUGAACUUAAUUUCAUUCCUCUGUAGCGGUGUAAAUAAGUUUUUUAAAGAAACGUUUUGUUAUAUGUACAUGCAUAUUCAUGCACUGACUUACUUUCUAUGAAUCAAAAAGACAAAGUUUUAAUAUAUAUUCUAUAUGAGGUCCAGCUGACAAUGACUACAUUUGAUAGGACAUUCACUAUAAUUUGGAUUUUCGUGAUACUUGAAAGUAACAGUUUUUGUUGGGGGUCAUUCUGAACUUUUAUUUUGUAGUUUUUACAUGAAAAGCUCUCGAGAUGAACCAACAGAUUUGUUACAUAUUUAUUGAAUUAAAAUGAUUAAAACAUUCGAAACAAGGCACAGUGAAUAAAUGAUUAACAUGA